AAGGUGGGCGAUGCGGCAGAAAAGCUUAGCUUAGACCGAUGACUGCUGUAAUUUGGCGGUCAUCUUCGUUUGAAUUUAUAAUUUCUCAUUUUUGUAUCCUACCACCGACUCUUCCCCAAAUUUCAUCAACGUUGCCCCUUUCUCUCACGCUCUCUGCAACUAGACCAAACCCAAGAAGAAGAAGAAGAAGAAGAAGAAGAGUAUCAUGAAGAGCAAGAAGCCACUGCAGCAGCUCAAGCUGUCGGUGCCCCCUCAAGAAACUCCAAUCUCCAGUUUCUUGACUGCCAGUGGUACUUUUCACGACGGCGAUUUGCUAUUGAACCAGAAAGGUUUGCGCCUCAUCUCCGAAGAAAAUCAAUCUCGUCCUUCAGAAAUCAAGGAACUUAAUCUCCAAUUCUCACUGGAAGACCUCGAGACCGUUAAAGUCAUUGGGAAGGGAAGUGGUGGAGUAGUUCAACUUGUCCGCCAUAAAUGGGUAGGAACUUUAUUUGCUUUGAAGGUUAUCCAGAUGAACAUACAGGAGGAGAUACGUAAACAAAUUGUGCAGGAACUGAAAAUAAAUCAAGCAUCACAAUGUUUGCAUGUUGUAGUUUGUUACCACUCUUUCUACCAUAAUGGAGUUAUCUCUCUUGUAUUAGAAUACAUGGAUCGUGGAUCUUUGGCAGACAUAAUCAAACAAGUAAACACGAUCCUUGAACCAUAUCUUGCAGUUGUUUGUAAGCAGGUUUUACAGGGUCUUGUGUAUUUACACCAUGAAAGACACGUAAUUCAUAGGGACAUAAAACCCUCCAACCUGCUGGUGAACCACAAGGGGGAAGUAAAGAUUACAGAUUUUGGUGUGAGUGCAAUGCUGGCCAGCUCAAUGGGUCAACGGGAUACAUUUGUUGGGACCUACAAUUACAUGUCGCCUGAAAGAAUUAGAGGAAGCACUUAUGACUAUAAGAGUGAUAUUUGGAGUUUGGGCAUGGUAAUUUUAGAAUGUGCCAUAGGGCGUUUUCCCUACAUAAAAUCAGAAGAUCAGCAAGGUUGGCCAAGCUUUUAUGAACUUUUGGAAGCCAUUGUGGAAAGUCCGCCACCUUCUGCUCCACCAGAUCAGUUCUCCCCCGAGUUCUGCUCGUUUGUAUCUGCCUGCAUACAGAAGGAUCCCCAAGAUAGAUCGUCUGCUUUGGACCUUUUGAGCCACCCGUUCAUCAAGAAGUUCGAAGACAAAGACAUUGACCUAGGCAUUCUGGUUGGCAGCUUGGAACCUCCUCUAAAUUUUCCCAGAUGAUCUCUUGUACCAUUUUCUUCUGAAUGUAAGAUGAGCUUCCUUCAUAUGUAUCUGUUAACAAUUACUAGAACAUUUUCUUUGAGCUAAUCACUCGGAAUUAAUCUAGCAAACGAUUAUCUCCUUGUUUUGCUUUUUUCUUUCCUUUAUAAUUUUUCAAAAUUAUUGAGAGGGAGAGGAUCCAUCUUUUUU